AUGGAAGCUUUCCUGAACAAAAAAUACAAGCUGAGCUCCAGCGAAAAGUUCGACGAGUACAUGAAAGCUUUGGGUGUUGGAAUGAUGACCCGCAAAUUGGGAAAUACCGUAUCUCCGGUGGUGGAGCUGACCAAAAGCGAUGACGGCAAACUCGUGCUGUCGUCGAACUCGACUUUCAAAAACUCGUCUAUCGCGUUCAAACUCAAUGAAGAAUUCGACGAGGAGACACCCGACGGCCGCAAAGUGAAGUCACUCAUCGUCCAGGACGGAAACAAGCUGGUGCACACCCAAAAAUGCGACAAGCACAACGACACCACGAUCGUUAGAGAAUUCGAGCCCGAACAAUUGAAAAUGGUCCUGACUGUCGAUGACAUCACUUGCACCAGGGUCUACAAACCAGUCCAAUAA